UUUUUUUUCCACCUCUUCCUAGACUACGGACAUACUGCUACACUCCGCAUCAGCACUCACUCAACACCCCUCACCUAUCGUUUCCUAUCGUAUAGCUCCGCCACCAUCGCCAUCAUGGCCUCGGCCAUUUCCCAUCAAGUUGCCAUCGCACGCGCUUCACUCGCUGCCGGUCUCCUCCGACCCGACCCCACUGCUGUCUCUCGUGACGAGAUCUCCAGUUUUCACACACUGCUGGAACAGGCACUGAGCAAGUGCUCACCAUCGAAUAUCCAGAAUUGCAAACGAUGGAUCUUGAGAUAUAUGAAUUCGCGUGCUCGGUUCGCCGCUCUUGGGAAAUUCCUGACGGCUCUAUCACCUUCGCUUUCGACUUCGGCUUCCACUGCGGCUGUUGGGAGGACUAGUGCCAGGAGGAAGAGGGUUAACGUUUUAUACUUGGUCAACGAUUUAUUGCACCAUACCACCUACAAUGAGCCUUCCGACGGUUUGUUCGCGAAGGAGGUCGAACCAUUUCUCGCCGAUUUGUUCGCUGCGGCAAUGUAUCCAGGGGCAGUGAAGCAGCUAGCGAGGUUGGGGAAGCUGUUGGAUAUCUGGGCGGAGAAGGGUUAUUACAGAAAGUCGUUUAUCGAGGAGUUGAAGCUUAUUGUUAAGGAUGCUACAUCGGCUACUCCUGCUGCUAGGCCCACACCGUCCGCGGACUCGGCGAAGGCCAAAGUUUCGGUGGAGAAACCACUCUUGCUUCCUCCUUUUCAUGGAGAUCCGUCGCUGCCAUUCUACGACCUUCCGGCGGCAAACAUGCUCCCUCAUCUGAUACCCAACUCACCGACGCCCAUAAAUCCGCGCUUGAUGAAGCCAAUCCAGUUCUCGACACUAGUCCCCAACGAGUCGCUUGCAGCUGCGGUCAAAGACUUUAUCAAGUCUGCCGACGAUAUGUUCAACGGUGACGACGCGCUUAUAGAAGAUCCGGAUGCAAUCGGAGGUGGAGGCGGCGAAAGCUAUUAUGGAUGGAGCAAGGACUUUUGCCAUAAGAUGAGGCAGAAGAAGCGCGCCGCGUUGAAGGAAAAGCGAUAUUCCCGUCGCCGGACCCACAGCUAUUCCCCAGACGCGAGCCAGCAGAACAGAUCGGCGUCGUGUUACUCUCGGUCGAGAUCUCCCUCUCGAGAUAGGAGACGGCGGUCAAGGAGAGAUAGCAGAAGUGAGAGUCCUUCAUCUCGUUCCAGCUCUCGCUCCCGCUCCCGGUCACGAUCGCGAUCGAGAUCGAGAUCUGCAGAGAGACCUUCCUUUCAACAACCGCGAGCUCAGCCGAACAUCCCCCCACUUGCUGAGACGCACCAAUAUCCUCCUCACCAAUCAGGAUACCCGGUCCCACCACCUCCUCAUCACCUCCAGUACUAUCGGGCACAGCCAGCGUUCCCACCACCACCGCCUCCGCCCCCACAAACGCACAACUGGAACAUGCCACAUGCGCAACAGCAGCAGCAGCAGCAGCAGUACUACCAGCAGCAACAUCAAUACCAGUACAACUACGGCGGCCCUCCCCCACCACCUCCGCCCCCACCCCCGCCCUCUGCGCCUGUCGCCCACCACCAGCAGCAGCAUCAACAUCCAUCCGCAGGGGCACAGGGCUGGCAGCCACCACAAGGACCAUCUCAAGAUGGUGCGUACACGCAACAAUACGAGGACUACCGAUCCGUCAAAGGGCGGGAAAUCGGUGCUAAAAGAGGGUGGAAAACCUGAAAUCUUUCUCUUUUCUCUCCUUUUCUCCUCUCCUCUCCUUUUUUCCUUUUCAGAUGGGUGUCUGUUUCAUAGGGCGUUUGUCUUGACUACGCUUUCCUCAUUUUUGUUUUUUAUUUCACCCUUCUCGCGGGGGGUUUUGUUUGUUGUAGUGUAGCAAGUGUGAUAGCCUGCCUGAUUGCCAACGCGAAAAUUACCUUA